AUGCAGGGCGCGUGCGGCCUGUCGAAGAGCGGGCAGGAGUCGCAUCGCACCUUUGCGCGGUGCCGCCACUCGGGGCACGAUGUCCGGGUUGACACCAGGAACAGAGUCCUCGCCACACCGAAAAACGCCUGUCACAUGGUGUGUGCGGCUUCCUUUUCCUCCUGCACUUCCUUCCAUUAUAACCCCCCGACGGCGCUAAGGAAGCCCACGCGCCAGGCAUUGACGCAGUCCUGCGGAAGGUAUCGUGCCAUGACGGCACCAGCGUCCGCCGUCACGUUGUGUGGGAUUCCGAAGUGCCAUUGGGAAAAUACGGAGCCAACAGCGCGACCUCAAUCCGCCAGUGAAAGCGGCAUCAUGCUAAUCUUUUCGAUGACGUCGUCGCGCGCCGCCAGCGGGCCAAGGCGGAGCGCCUCCAUCGCCGAGAGGGAGUCUGUGGCAGCAGGAACUCGCGUGGGCGAUUGGGAUGCUGCUGCCAGGCGGGGAACUGAAAACUGUCUGUGGCCAUGCUCAGUGGCACGACGCUCCGCUCGGCAGGAGCACGCAAGGCUGCCGGCAGCUGCGCGGUGA